AUGCGCUCAGUGGACUUUGGUAAAGAAAGGGGUGGACACGGCACAAAAUCCGCCCAACGCAUAAAAAAUGCGCUUAGCGAAUUUUGGCCAAAAAGAAGAGCUGCAUGCGCUGCCAAAUCCACCCAGCGCCUUAGAAAUGCACCCAGCAGAUUUUGGCCAAAAAGGAAAGGUGCAUGCGCUGCCAAAUCCGCCCAGCGCCUCAGAAAUGCGCCCAACGGAUUUUGA